AUGCCAGAAGCUCCUGAUCUAUUUAAAACAUUCAAUACUACGAAACAAGAAUUGGAAAAAGAGAUUGACUCUAUCAAUGAAAAAUCACAAAUCUCAACCGCCAAGGGUAAACUAAACCAAUUGUCAACCCUCAUACAGCAUAAUGUACCAAGCAUUACAUCCCAUGAUUUAAAGUAUUAUUCUACUGAAAUUAGUCAUUUAGAGGAAUUGUUGGAGGGCAAACUGACAUUUUUCCAAAAGAAGUUUAGUUUCAAAAACCGAAAUUUAAAAAAGGCUAUUGUCAAAAAGGAAAUUCCGGUCCUCAAUGCUAGCAAUUCGGAUCACAAUGAUAAUCCACUAAUUAACAGUUCUAAAGUUGCGCAAGAUACACAAUUGCCGAGAAAUCGAAUCGUUGAGGAUCAAACCAAACAGUAUAUUCACAUUGACAACCCAAGCGGACAUCUAGUGAUACGGAACAUCAGUCACUCGGUAAUCAAGGUCACCACCACCAUAACAACAACAACGGCAACGACAGGCAAUGCUAUCACAUCGCUAUCGUCGGUCCAUGUGCAAAACUGCCAUGACAUCUUGAUGCUAUUGGAAAUCGAAGGCCCGGUGAUGAUGCAUGAUGUCGACCGGUUUGUCGCUGCAGGCCGCUGCCACCAAUUACGGAUGCACGACAGCCAAUCCGGGUGGGUGCUGAUGGCUGUUGAGUCAAAAGAAAUGAUUAUCGAGGGGUGCCGGGGACUUACGAUUGGCAAACGGUCAUCUGAAGCGUUGAAGGUAAACGACUUCGAUAAUCCUGGGAACCUCUCUACCAUGAUGAAUUACGACUUGGUGAUCGACAGCAGCAAGGAAACAAGAACAAUAGAAUGGUUGAGAUCCCCAGAACGUGAAGUAUUCGAGAACAAUUCUGCAAUCAAACAGGAGAUAGGACAACGGUUGCAAGAAAUUCUAGACAAAUGA